CAAAAAAAUGUCGAAAAAAAGGAAUGGAAAUUCUAUUAGGAUAUAAUUUUUUUAUAAAUAAGAUAUAUAUAUAUAUAUAUAUAUUAUAUUUUUUCAUCUAUGGUGGUAUUCCUUCAUUUGUGCUUUGCUUCAGUAAAGCGCGGAUGGAAAAGCGACGUGCUAUACGCAUCAAUCCUAUCGAGAUCAAUAGUAUUGACCAUAUAGAUUCCUUACAGAGGAUCAAGGAAAUGUCAUAAGAAAAAAGAAUAUGUAAUUUUUAAUACAAAAUUGGUUCGAGACUAGUGGCUGUGAAAGUUGCUUUUGCUGCUUGUGGUUUUUUCUUCUUUUCCUUUUUCUUUGUCAACAACUUUUAUUUUAUUUUAUUUUUAAUUUUUUUUUUCCAGCUGGCUAAUUGAUUCGUAAGUUUGUUGAUGAAAUUACCAGCAAAGGAGAUGACACUUGAUGUCCAGCACUGCUUUAUUUUUCGUAUGUCUUUUUUUCGCUUCAUUUCUAUGUCGCUCUUUUUAUGCAGGGCUCUAUAGACCAAGGCAGUAGUCGGUCUCUCUUUUAUGGUGGUAUUAGUUUGUUUUUGGUUUGGACUGUAAAGACAUCUUUUGGUAUGUUUCCUUUUUUCGCUUUCUAUCUAUUCUACAUUUACACUUUUACAUUGCAAGCGAAGUAUCAGUUUUGAAUUUUGAGUUUCCUUUGAUCAUAGAAAACAAUCCAUACUCCAUUGUAUCAAUGUUGUAAAAAGUCUAGCAGCAACUGGCGAGCAUUUGUCCCACCUAUCUUUUAGAGAAAGCGUAAGGAUCAUCCUUUUUAGAAUUGAUGAUUGACCAGAAGUUACUUUUGGGAAACGCUUUAUACGUAGAGAGGCUUCAUUGCAUGUUUCGAAAGAUUAAAGUGAAGUGAAAUAACUGAGUUGAAAAUGAAUGAAAUGAAAUGGAUGCGAUGUGAUGUGAUGCGACGCGAUGCGAUGUCGGGUCGUACGUACUGGAACAGUACUCUUUUUGUUUCCAUGAAAAGAAAAAAAAAAAAAAAAGGAAAAGC